GAGCUCAGCGCCAGCCCUCGCCCCCUCGCCGUGCCUCCGCCUGCCUGCCCCCGCCGGCCAAGGCUGGGCUGCAGGAGGCGGCCGGGCGGCCCCUGAGCCUCGCCAGGGCGACCCAAACAAAGGCAGCAUCCGGGCUCGGCGGGAGGCAGAGCAUCAUGAGAGACUGGGUCCUCGCUGUCCCCGGCUCCGCUGCUGCUGCCGCUGCCGCCGCCGCUGCCGCUGCCGCCGCCAGGAGGGCUUCGCUGUGAGCGUUGGAAAGCAGGGGCGCAGCUGCGGGGCGUGAAUCCGAAAGGUGAGAGCCAGAGCCAGCGAGCCGAGGGGGCGGGCAGGCCACGAAAAAUGUCCUCGGCCGUGGGGCCCCGAGGUCCUCGCCCACCCACGGUGCCUCCCCCUAUGCAAGAACUGCCCGACCUGAGCCACCUGACCGAGGAGGAGAGGAACAUAAUCAUGGCAGUGAUGGACCGGCAGAAGGAAGAGGAGGAAAAAGAAGAGGCCAUGCUCAAGUGUGUUGUCAGGGACAUGGCGAAGCCUGCUGCCUGCAAAACACCAAGAAAUGCUGAAAGCCAGCCCCAUCAACCACCACUGAGAUUGCAUCAACAGUUUGAAAGCUACAAGGAGCAAGUGAGAAAAAUCGGAGAGGAAGCGAGGCGUUACCAGGGCGAGCACAAGGAUGAUGCCCCGACGUGUGGAAUCUGUCAUAAGACAAAGUUUGCUGAUGGAUGUGGCCAUCUCUGCUCCUAUUGUCGCACCAAGUUCUGUGCACGCUGCGGAGGCCGCGUGUCUCUGCGAUCGAACAAUGAGGACAAAGUGGUUAUGUGGGUAUGCAAUUUAUGUCGAAAGCAACAAGAAAUCUUAACGAAAUCUGGAGCGUGGUUCUUUGGAAGUGGCCCGCAGCAGCCUAGUCAAGAUGGGACUCUGAGUGACACGGCCACAGGUGCUGGAUCCGAGGUGCCAAGAGAAAAGAAAGCAAGGCUCCAAGAGCGAUCAAGGUCUCAGACGCCCUUGAGUACAGCAGCUGUCUCGUCCCAAGACACUGCUCCCCCCGGUGCACCGUUGGACAGGAACAAAGGGGUUGAGCCCUCACAGCAAGCCUUGGGUCCUGAACAGAAGCAGGCAUCAAGGUCAAGAAGCGAGCCACCGAGGGAAAGGAAGAAGGCUCCAGGGCUUUCCGAGCAGAAUGGCAAGGGAGGCCUGAAGAGCGAGCGCAAACGUGUCCCCAAGUCUGUGGUGCAACCCGGGGAAGGGACCGCGGAUGAGAGGGAGAGGAAAGAGAGGCGGGAAACCCGCAGGUUGGAGAAAGGGCGCUCCCAGGACUACUCAGACCGGCCUGAGAAACGCGACAAUGGCAGGGUGGCGGAAGACGAGAAGCAGAGGAAGGAGGAGGAGUACCAGACUAGGUACCGCAGCGACCCUAACCUGGCUCGCUACCCGGUGAAGGCGCCGCCAGAGGAGCAGCAGAUGCGCAUGCACGCCCGGGUGUCCCGGGCGAGGCACGAGCGGCGCCACAGCGACGUGGCGCUCCCGCACACCGAGGCAGCCGCCGCCGCGCCGGCUGAGGCCACGGCGGGCAAGCGCGCGCCGGCCACCGCCAGGGUCUCUCCCCGGAGUCCCCGCGCGCACGCGCGCCGCCGCCCAGCCUCCACCGAGCACGGGCCACCACCGCCGCGGGCAGCCCUGGUCCCGCAGAACCGCCCAGCCCGCGUCCCCGAGCCGCUCCGUAAGCAGGGCCGCCCGGACCCGGGCUCGGCCGUGCUUCUGCGCAAGGCCAAGCGCGAGAAGGCGGAGAGCAUGCUGCGGAACGACUCGCUGAGCUCCGAUCAGUCCGAGUCCGUGCGACCAUCCCCGCCCAAGCCUCACCGGCCCAAGCGGGGAGGCAAGAGACGUCAGAUGUCGGUGAGCAGCUCGGAGGAGGAGGGCGUGUCCACACCGGAGUACACGAGCUGCGAGGACGUGGAGCUGGAGAGCGAGAGCGUGAGCGAGAAAGGUGACUUGGAUUACUACUGGUUGGAUCCCGCCACGUGGCACAGCAGGGAAACGUCGCCUAUCAGUUCGCAUCCUGUAACGUGGCAGCCGUCUAAAGAGGGAGAUCGACUAAUUGGCCGUGUUAUUCUUAACAAAAGAACAACCAUGCCCAAAGAAUCAGGUGCAUUACUGGGUCUGAAGGUGGUUGGAGGAAAAAUGACGGACUUAGGGCGCCUUGGUGCUUUCAUCACCAAAGUAAAGAAGGGCAGCCUGGCAGACGUUGUCGGACACCUAAGAGCAGGGGAUGAAGUUCUAGAGUGGAAUGGUAAACCCCUGCCGGGAGCAACAAACGAAGAAGUUUACAACAUUAUCUUAGAAUCCAAAUCAGAACCUCAAGUUGAAAUUAUUGUUUCAAGGCCUAUUGGUGACAUCCCCAGGAUCCCUGAGAGUUCCCAUCCUCCCCUGGAGUCCAGUUCAAGUUCCUUUGAAUCUCAGAAAAUGGAAAGGCCUUCUAUUUCUGUUAUUUCUCCAACCAGCCCUGGAGCUCUGAAAGAUGCCCCACAAGUCUUACCAGGGCAACUCUCAGUGAAGCUAUGGUAUGAUAAAGUGGGGCACCAGCUGAUUGUAAAUGUUCUACAAGCAACAGAUCUACCCCCUAGAGUAGAUGGCCGUCCCAGGAAUCCCUAUGUAAAAAUGUAUUUUCUUCCAGAUAGAAGUGACAAAAGUAAAAGGAGAACCAAAACGGUAAAGAAACUUCUAGAGCCAAAAUGGAAUCAGACAUUUGUCUACUCACACGUACAUCGUAGAGAUUUUCGAGAGCGAAUGUUAGAGAUUACCGUGUGGGACCAGCCAAGAGUACAGGACGAAGAGAGUGAAUUUCUCGGAGAGAUCCUCAUAGAGUUGGAAACGGCGCUUUUAGAUGAUGAACCCCAUUGGUAUAAACUCCAGACACAUGACGAAUCUUCACUACCUCUGCCUCAGCCAUCACCGUUCAUGCCCAGGCGGCAUAUUCAUGGAGAGAGCUCCAGCAAAAAGCUACAAAGAUCUCAGCGAAUCAGUGAUAGUGACAUCUCAGAUUAUGAGGUUGAUGAUGGUAUUGGAGUAGUGCCUCCAGUGGGUUAUAGAGCUAGUGCUAGAGAGAGUAAAGCAACCACGUUAACAGUGCCAGAGCAACAAAGAACUACACAUCACCGCUCACGUUCCGUGUCUCCUCAUCGCGGCGAUGAUCAGGGAAGGCCUCGUUCACGUUUACCAAAUGUGCCAUUACAGAGGAGCUUAGAUGAAAUUCAUCCAACACGAAGGUCACGUUCUCCAACCCGACACCAUGAUGCCUCCCGAAGCCCGGCCGAUCACAGAUCCAGACAUGUGGAAAGUCAAUAUUCGUCAGAGCCAGACAGUGAGCUUCUCAUGCUGCCCAGAGCAAAACGAGGACGAAGUGCAGAAAGCCUACACAUGACCAGAGACCUUGUUAGGUACUCUAACACAUUACCACCCAAGAUGCCUUUAUUACAAAACGACUACCGUUGGAGCAGCAGCGCGAUCCUGCCCGCACACACUGUGACCAGAUCAGUGACUACACAGGACAUUCCCCUUCAGCACGAUUGCUAUAACUUGAGAACGCUGAGAAUAUCCAUUAGUGAACUGCAGCCCUCUCUUGACAGGGCUAGGAGUGCUAGUACCAACUGCUUGAGACCAGAUACUAGUUUGCAUUCACCAGAACGAGAAAGGGGUAGAUGGUCCCCCUCCCUAGAUAGGAGGCGACCUGCUAGCCCCAGGAUUCAAAUCCAGCAUGCAUCUCCGGAGAAUGACAGGCACUCCAGAAAGUCUGAAAGAUGUAGCAUCCAAAAACAGUCUAGGAAAGGCACAGCCUCUGAUGCAGACAGGGUUCUCCCACCAUGCCUUUCUAGAAGGGGCUACGCAACCCCAAGAGCAACCGAUCAACCGGUCGUUAGGGGAAAGCAUCCCACUCGUUCACGGUCGAGCGAGCACUCUAGUGUCAGAACCCUGUGUUCUAUGCACCACCUUGCCCCCGGAGGGUCGGCGCCACCUUCUCCACUUCUGACAAGAACGCACCGACAAGGAAGCCCAACCCAGUCUCCUCCAGCAGACACAUCCUUCGGCAGUCGCCGUGGAAGACAGCUCCCACAGGUGCCAGUUCGAAGCGGCAGUAUAGAACAAGCAAGCUUAGUAGUGGAGGAGCGAACGAGACAGAUGAAAAUGAAAGUUCACCGAUUUAAGCAGACAACAGGGUCUGGGUCUAGUCAAGAACUUGACCACGAGCAAUACUCCAAGUACAACAUACAUAAAGAUCAGUACAGAAGCUGUGAUAACGCGUCUGCCAAGUCUUCAGAUAGUGAUGUCAGUGAUGUGUCCGCCAUUUCCAGAGCCAGCAGUACCUCACGCCUCAGCAGCACAAGCUUUAUGUCAGAGCAGUCUGAGCGCCCCAGGGGUAGGAUCAGUUCAUUUACCCCCAAAAUGCAAGGCAGACGGAUGGGGACUUCAGGAAGAGCCAUCAUCAAGAGCACCAGUGUAAGUGGAGAGAUGUAUACACUGGAACGUAAUGACGGUAGCCAGUCGGACACGGCCGUGGGUACAGUCGGAGCCGGUGGAAAGAAACGAAGAUCCAGCCUGAGCGCCAAAGUGGUAGCCAUUGUGUCUCGAAGAAGCAGGAGCACGUCACAGCUCAGCCAGACAGAGUCGGGCCACAAGAAGUUGAAAAGCACCAUCCAGAGGAGUACGGAAACAGGCAUGGCAGCUGAAAUGCGGAAGAUGGUGAGACAGCCGAGCCGGGAGUCCACGGAUGGCAGCAUCAACAGUUAUAGUUCGGAAGGAAACUUGAUAUUUCCUGGAGUUCGAGUAGGACCCGACAGUCAGUUCAGUGAUUUCCUUGAUGGGUUGGGACCAGCGCAGCUCGUUGGCCGUCAGACGCUCGCCACCCCAGCCAUGGGCGAUAUCCAAAUUGGGAUGGAGGAUAAGAAGGGUCAGUUGGAGGUUGAGGUUAUCAGAGCCCGGAGCCUUACACAAAAACCUGGUUCCAAAUCUACACCCGCUCCCUAUGUGAAAGUAUAUCUCUUGGAAAAUGGAGCCUGUAUUGCCAAAAAGAAGACAAGAAUUGCACGGAAAACUCUCGAUCCUUUGUAUCAGCAGUCCCUGGUUUUUGAUGAAAGUCCACAGGGUAAAGUUCUUCAGGUGAUUGUCUGGGGUGACUACGGAAGAAUGGACCACAAAUGCUUUAUGGGUGUGGCUCAAAUCUUGUUGGAAGAACUUGAUCUGUCCAGCAUGGUGAUUGGAUGGUAUAAAUUGUUCCCUCCGUCCUCACUGGUGGAUCCCACUCUCGCUCCCCUGACCCGCCGGGCUUCCCAAUCAUCUCUGGAAAGUUCGUCCGGGCCUCCCUGCAUCCGGUCAUAGUAAACUCCUAUCCUUCCAGCCAAACUCUACAUUUCAGGAUAAUUAUCAGAACCAGAUUAUUUCAUGAUCAAGAGCAUUGUUGGAGACAGACAAUCAACUUGUGUUUUGCCUGUAGUAGUUUUUCGAUAAUAUGUCCCAAUUGUUGUUUAAAAUAUGGCUUCAUAUGACAGAACAAAGCAGUCAAUCAAAUUGCAGUAAGAAUGGACAGACUAGUGAGAGCCACUUUACACUUCUUGCAAAUAGGAAAAGCAAAAGAGGAAACCUCAAAUUCACACACAC